CACUGAUAGGUGGCACUGACUGGCACUGAUAGGUGACACUGAAAGGCAGCUCAGAUGGACACUGAUAUGUGGCAUUGAUAUGCACUGGUAGGCACUGAUAUGUGGCAUUGAUGAAGCACUGAUGGGCACUGGCUGGUGGCAUUGAUGAGCACUGACAGCUGGCAUGAUGGACACUGACAGGUGGCACUGCUGGGGCUACACUGAUCAUCAGGGCACACUGAUCAUCAGUGCCCUGAUGAUCACUGUCAGCGUGACAGCUCGUGGGGAGAGAAAUGCAGAUGACCGGCAUUUCCCUAUUUACAUGCAAUCAGCUGUGAUUGGA